AAUUUCGCAGAGAGUUUCAGGGAAUCACUUGUUUACAUUUACCCUGAUAUUCGACGAAAACCAGGAUGGAUCAGUAUCCCGAUGAAAACGAGGAGUUCGAGCUGCAGUACCAAGAAGAAUUGGACCUGCUGGAGGACCUGCCGGACGAGCUUAUCGAUGCACCCUGCACCUCGAAACAAGCGGCGGAAAAACAAAAGGAAAACAGGGCUCCGGCGGCCUUAAAGGAUAUUUCCCAUUUGGGAAACUCCACGCUGGGAUCACCACAACUGUCGCAGAUUACCUUUGGAGCCAGUCAAUUGGAGGGGGAUGACGGAACUUCAGGUGGAGGCCAUGUCAAUCGCCGACUCUUUGGGACUCCAAAAGGCCCUUCGGCGGGCAGGGGCUGCUCCACGCCCUUCCAGCGAAUGCCUGCCAUUCAGGAACUGGAGAACACGCAACUAACGAGCAGGGGAUUCGCGCAGGAAAAGCCUAACGAAGCUGCUAACCAGCUUCAAGAAGUCGGCCUCAAAAACGCCAAUAAGCGGCGUUUGGAACGAGAUCUCUUCGGGGACAUCGACGAUCUCUUUCACGAGUCCUACGAGGAUCCCAUGGUAAAGAAAGCUCGAACCGAGGAACAGCGCGACCAUGAAGCCAUCGACAAGAUCCUGGAGCUGCGGCGGAAAAUGCGGGAGUCCAGCAAAACGCUGCGGAAGGAUGAUGUUAGUCGCCUGAAGGCCCUGCACGACUUCAAGAUGAGGAACCUCUCGUACGAUAUUCCCAACUGGCCCUUCUUGGCAAUUCAGAGAAGUGACCUUGAACGGAUCUAUGUUCGAUUCCACUCCGAGGACUGCGAACGACGCCAAUUGGACAUGAUCAGCGCCAGGGGCGAAGUUGUGGGCAGUCUCUUGGGCGAAGCCAAAGAGAAAAUAUGGCAGGAAGCUGGCGAAAUAGUCUUAAGUCGCGCAACAGCCGAAUCCGAGGCAGAUGUAACCCUCGUACCCUCCGAUGCGGAACCAGGCCGCCUGUGGGUCGACAAAUACAAGCCGAGGAAGUACAUCGACCUGCUCUCCGACGAAAUGACCAACAGGAGUCUUCUCUACUGGCUGAAGAUGUGGGACAAAGUGGUCUUUGGCAAGGCCUUCCACAGCAAGCAGGAACAGGAGGCAGCAGCGAGUGAAAGUGGUGGGGGAGGAGCUAACAACCAGCUGAACAGCUUCAACAAGCGCACUGGAAAGUUCGAGUCCAACGGCGGCUGGCGGCAGCGCAAGUCUCGCCAAGCCCUCAACACGAAUGUGGAUGCCAUGGGCAGGCCCAUGCAAAAGGUGGCCUUGCUAUGCGGUCCUCCAGGUCUGGGGAAAACCACACUGGCCCACACAAUCGCCCGCCAUGCUGGCUAUAACGUCCGAGAGAUCAACGCCUCCGACGAUCGCAGUCCAGAGGCCUUCAAGCUGGCUCUGGAGAACGGCACCCAAAUGUCAUCGGUGCUGAAUGCAGACAAACGGCCCAAUUGCAUAAUUUUAGAUGAAAUCGAUGGCGCACCUCGACAAUCAAUCGAAUACCUGGUGAAAUUUAUAAGCGAUGGCGUAUACAGCAAAGUGAAAGCCAAGGGCGCCAAAGCUGAACACAAUGUUCUAAAGCGACCCAUCAUCUGUAUUUGCAAUGAUGUCUAUGAUCCCGCCCUGCGUCCAUUGAGGCAAGUUGCUUUUGUGGUCACUUUUCCACCCAUCGAUGCUGCGCGUCUAGCGGAAAGAUUAGUUAAGAUUGCCCACAGAGAGGAGCUGAAAACGGACUUUGGUUCACUGAUAGCUUUGGCUGAGAAAUCUGGCAAUGAUGUGAGGAGUUGUAUAUCAUCCAUGCAGUUCUUUAAUGCCCAAAAACACAGUCUUACUCUGCAAGAUGUGCUCAAUAAUAAUCUAGGACAGAAGGACAGACACCAAGGUCUUUUCGCAGUUUGGGAUGCCAUUUUCCGAAUACAACGUCCCCGGAAAACUCUCCAGGCAGACGCGAACAAAAACGACGAGCCCGCCCAAGUCACAAUGACCAAUACGUCUGUUAGCACACGAGUUCGCAAUGUUCUGGAUGCUGUCCAUUCCAGUGGUGAUUUCGAAAGACUUACCCAAGGUGUCUAUGAGAACUACCUGCAACAGAAGAUGCCCGAUCCGAACUUCACGGGCGUGUGCGAGGCGCUCAAAUGGUUCUGCUUCACGGAUACGGUGCAGCAUCAGAUCAGCAGACAGCAGAACUACAGUGUGUACCCGUACCUGCAGUACGGCUUCGUCGUCUGGCACUUGCUGUUUGCCACACUGGCCUGGCCGAAAAUUGCAUUUCCCACGCGUGGCUUUGAGCUCCAGCAGAAGAGCACCAACCAGCGGAACAUCUUCCAGGCCCUGAGCAAAGGUGUCACCACCCAGGCUUUGGGCGUGGGUCAGGGCAGGACUCUGCUGCUCGAUACGGUGCCGCUCCUGAAGAGGAUUCUCUCGCCGCAGCUGCGUUCCGUGGCGGUGCAGUUGCUGUCCUUAAAGGAGCAGCAGGAUCUGCGCCACACCAUCGAGGUGAUGGUCGAUCUCGGUCUGACUUUCGUUCAGGUGAAGUCCCAGGAAGGACACUAUGUCUUCCAGACGGAACCGGAUCUGGAUGCACUCAGUGCCUUUCCAGGCUUCUCUGGACUCACGCUUCCCUACUUCAGUCGCCAGCUGAUAGCCCGCGAGGUGGACCUGGAAAGGAUACGGCGGGCUGCCCCCAAGGGUGGGGAACCCUCAACUGCCGCUGCGAAGAAGAAAACCCCGGGAGCUGCAUCUCAGCUGCCCAACCAUUUGCAAACACUGAAGCCGAAGCCAAUUUCGGCGCCUAAUAUGCGCAGUGCUCCCAAACAGCAGCUCACGAAGGACUUCUUCGGUCGAGUAACCCACAAAUCGUCUUCAACCAGUUCAGCAGCGGAAGCCAAAACCGAUGCUAUUGUGAAGAGCCCCAUUUGGUACCGCUAUAAGGAAGGAUUCAACAAUGCUGUCCGCAAGGAUGUUCACAUACACGAACUGCUCUAGACAACCUUCAUAGAUUUUGUACAAUUUUAAGUCAACAAAAUUAUUUAUUAAACAAAAAAGUAAAA